AUGGCUUCUGUUGAUCAGAUCCAACGCAGCGCCUCGGAGACGGACAAGGCGUCGUCUGCCAACGACAUCACCUCCAACUCGUCGUCCGCGUCUGCGUCGACUCCUCCUGAGAAGAGCACUGCCCUCAAUGAUCUCAUUUACCCUGCGGACUCGUACACCCAGGGGGAUCACGUCUACUGGGGUGAUUUGCCCCUCGGUCGUCGCCUGGCAUGGACUGGCAAGCAGUCCAACGAAGAGGCUGCCAGGGAGCUCGCUCACGUUGGGCGAAUGUUCAAGCGUGACCCCCUCUCGCCCAUCUCGGCCUACUUUUCCAACUACGUCGUCACGGGAAUGGGCCUCUUCGUCGAGGGUUACGUCCUCUUCUCCGUCGGCAACCUCACUCCCCUCUUCAAGGCCGUCUGGCCCGAAUGCUGGAAGAAUCAUCAAGUCUGCUCACCUGGAUGGACUGCCGCCGUCGACUACCUCGAGAUUGUCGGUAUCAUCGUGGGUCAGAUCCUCGUCGGUAUCCAGGGUGACUGGGUCGGAAGGAAAUUCGGCAUGGUCCAGGAUGCCUUGAUUAUGACCUUGGGUUCCAUCAUGCUCACGGCGAUGUGGGGCACCACUCUUCAGGGCUGGGUCAUCUGCUACGCCCUCUCCCUCUUCAUCUACGGCAUUGGCGUCGGCGGCGAAUACCCAAUGACUUCGACCCGCGCCAUGGAGGCCGCAGCGAAUGGCGGCGCCGGUGACCGCUUGCACCGCGGUCGUCGCGUCGCCCUCGCCUUCUUGAUGCAGGGAUGGGGUCAACUCGCAAACCAAGUAGUCCUCAUCCUCGCCCUCCUCGUCACCCACAACACCCUCGAUGCCCCGUUCAAUAAGGUGUCGACGCAGUGGACCUUCCGCAUCCAAUUUGCCGUCAUCAUCCUCCCCACACUGUACCUCGCCUACCUCCGUUACUACAAGCUGCGCUACAACGACACGCUCAGCCAGGCAAAGAAGCGCCUGAACACGUCGGGCUACGACAUCAAGUCGCUCAAGCUCGCCUCGUCCCACUAUUGGCACCGCAUGGUAGGCACCGCCUUCGUCUGGUUUGCAAACGACGUCGCCUUCUACGGCGCCAAGAUCUUUUCCGGCGUCUUCAUCGCGACCAUCAAUGGUGGUACGGCCACUUUGGGUGAGACGUGGCUCUGGAACUUGGUCAACAUCGGUGUCUCUCUGAUCGGCUACUACAUGGGCGCUCUCUUCAUCGACCACAAGAUGUAUGGCCGCAAGUGGAUGCAGGCCAACGGUCUCAUUGCCAUCUUCAUCUGCUACAUCAUCUCGGGCGCCGUGUACCCUCAGCUCACCCAGCCGGGAAUGGGUGUCCACUGGUUCCAGGCCAUCUAUUUCCUCUCCUCAUUCUUCACUCAAUUCGGCCCCAACACCACCUCAUUCCUCCUCGCCGCCGAAGUCUACCCUGCCUCGAUCCGCGCCACAGCCCAUGGUGUAUCAGCCGCAACAGGCAAGCUCGGCGCCCUCCUUGCCGCCGUAGCAUUCAACUACAUCAGCAACCGCGACAAGUUCUACCUCACAGCUCCCUUCGCUGUGGCAGCCUGGAUCCUGACCCUCAUCUGCGUACCCGACGUGACCGGCCUCGACCUCCGCGAGCAGGAGCGCUACUGGGCCAAGGUCAUGGAGGGCAAGGCCAGCGAGUACCACGGUGUCGCCGUCUGCCCUCGUCACUUGUCGCUUUGGGAGCGCGUCGUCCUUAAGAGGCAUCGCGCUUAUGACCCAGAGGAGGAUGCCAAGGACAAGAAGCGCGAGCUUCAGGCCCUUUACGAGAGUGCGGAUGGUGAAGAGGUGGACAAGGCGCCGCUCAGUGACGAGGAGAAGGCUUUCCUCCGUAACGACCUUGGUGGGUUCUUUGCGACUGAGGCGAAGCUGAACAAGCCGCUCCAGGGAGGUGGAGAGGCUCACGAGUCGAAGCUCGCCGACCUCGAGAAGAGGCUGAGCUAG